UGACUUGUGGUCACCUUGUGAAGCCUUGUGGUAAAUGGAUAAGUUUUGGACUUUGGUUUCAUCAUUUCAUUCAAAGAGAAAUACAUUCAUGUUUGGUAUCUGUAGUUAUAGUUGGAUUUGUUGGAAGAAUUGAUAUAGUGAGACAUGUGUAAUUUAUUUUAAUUUUGAAAGAACUCUAAAGUUAAAUUUAAAGCAUUCUUUUAUAAUAACGGUACUGUAUAGUGUAUACAAAUAAUUAAUCACAUGUAAAGCUAAUACAUAACCUAAAACAUGGGCGAAGAAAAUAAAAUGAUGUUUCACGAAAUGGAAUUGGACGACCGUAUUUUAAAGGCAUUAUCACAAGUUGGUUGGUCACACCCUACUGUAAUACAAGAGACUGCAAUACCUCUCCUCUUGGAAGGAAAGGACGUCCUGAUGAGAGCAAGAACUGGUUCUGGUAAAACUGCAGCAUUUGCAAUACCAGUCAUCCAAAAAAUAUUGAAUUUGAAAAACACUAGUACUUAUCAGUGUAUCAGAGCCCUUAUUCUCUCCCCAAGUAAGGAGUUAUGUGGUCAGAUUGCUUCAGUGAUUGCAGAUCUCACAUUGAAAUGCUCUAGAGAAGUAAAGUGCAUAGAUAUCUCAGCCAGUGGUGACAUGCAUAUACAGAAGUCGUUGUUAUCAGACCAGCCUGACAUAGUGGUGGCAACACCCGCCCGAGCACUAGCACAUCUUAAAGCUAACAGUAUGAGGCUUAAGGAGGAUCUGUCCGUUCUAGUUGUUGAUGAAGCUGACCUUGUCUUUUCCUUUGGAUAUGAAGAUGAAGUGAAGGAACUGUUAGGGUUUUUACCAAAAAUAUACCAAGCCGUUCUAGCAUCUGCCACACUAUCAGAUGAUGUUCUAAGUCUCAAAAAGAUAGUGCUCCGUAAUCCGGUAACCCUGAAACUAGAAGAGCCUGAGCUGGCACCAUCAUCACAACUGCAGCACUACCAUCUCUAUGCAGAAGAGGAUGACAAGGCGGCCAUAUUGUAUGCACUACUCAAACUUAAUUUGAUAAGGGGGAAAAGUAUCAUAUUUGUAAGAACAGUGGAUAGAUGUUACAAGCUUAAAUUAUAUUUGGAACAGUUCAAGAUUGGUUCGUGUGUUUUGAACUCGGAACUACCAGCUUCAAUCAGAUGUUUAUCUGUGGAUCAGUUCAACAGAGGCAGGUUCCAAAUAAUUAUUGCAUCUGAUGAAAAGGCUUUGGAGAAGCCUGAUGGAGGGUUACUAAAAGGAGAAGACAUCAGAAAAAAGAAAAAGCAAAAAUCGAAACGUAAAAAGGACAGAGAGUCAGGAGUGUCUCGGGGGAUUGACUUCCAGCAUGUCUCCAACGUUAUCAACUUCGAUUUUCCUUUAGAUGUCAAUUCCUAUGUACACAGAGCGGGGAGGACGGCUCGAGGGAACAACCAAGGAUCGGUGCUAUCGUUUGUUUCAAUUAAGGAGAAGCCGUUGAUGGAAGAUGUAGAAGCUCAUUUAUCAAAAGGAUUCAAUGGACAAAAAGUAAUACAGAAGUACUCGUUCGCGCUGGAGGAAGUGGAGGGAUUCCGGUACCGGUCGCGAGACGCUUGGCGCGCUGUCACUCGUAUCGCCGUGCGGGAAGCACGCCUGCAGGAGAUCAAACGCGAGCUGCUCAACUGUGACAAGCUGAAGGGAUACUUCGAACAGCAGCCGGGUGAGCUCGCUGCCAUCAAGCGGGACAAGGCGCUGCACACGGUUCGCCUGCAGCAGCACCUGGCGCACGUGCCCGCCUACCUGCUGCCGGCUGCGCUGCGCGGGGACGACGGAGACGAAGACACCCCCGCUCCGGCCCCCGCCAAACGGAGGCAGCCGCACAAGUUCGGAAGUGCCAAGCGGCACAAGUAUCAGGCACGACAGAGCAACCCCUUGCACAGCUUCGAGGUGAAGGGCCUGCAGGGGGCUUCCACCGACACCACGUGACCAGCACCUCCUGCCGACCGCGACACACACCUGUUAGUAUGGAGAAAGAAGAUACCCCGAACCCAAGUUCCCAUCCUGGGCGGUCACUCUAUAAACAGAUUCAUAUCGCAUUGCAGUAUACUAUCAGGCACAUUAUUAAUUAGAUAAAUAUAAUAUUAUAUGACUAUUCGAUCAUUAAGGUAUAUCGAUAGUGAACAUGACAGUAUAUUUUUGGUUAAGCAUCAUUAUACCUAUCUACAAUGAUACAAAUUCCAUAAGUAAAAAAUAUAUAAUAACAUUUAUUUUAUAUUCACGGCUAUAAGAAACUAUAAACUAGUUUUCUGUAGAUAUAUUUAUUUAAGAUUGUGUUAGUCGCAUCUGUAGGUCAUUAUCAAAUCAUAUCAAAUGUAUUUAAUUGCAUACUUUUCCACUCGCUAAAUUUGUGUCAUAGUUGAAACAUAAUUAGCCAAUAUAUAAAAGAAGCAUUGGUACUGCAAUGUGUUAAGAACACUAAAGUUUUGUACAACAAUCUGUAAGUUGUUUAGAGUGAUCGCUUUAAAACUUGGAUAUUUUUUAACAAACAAGUGUAUUUUAUAUGGAAUGAUGUAAAUGUUUCAAUAAAUCCUGCUUGAUAUUGUGUUUCCGUUAACACAGCGCGUCGCCCGUCAGCCGAUUUCGGUUAGUACCCGCCUGUGUUAUCUGUUUGCCACCGCAAUACCACAAUAUACUAUGUUCAAUAUAA